AUGAAUGCUCAAUCAACUCCUGUAAGGAAAAUGCAUUUAAGAAGCCGGUCCAGAGAUUCUUUUUCUGAAAUAACUCCAAUAAAAAAAUCAAAAUUGCUACAAAAUCAAGUAAAUAAUAUAAGUAGCAGUUCAAUAGAUCAACAGUUAAGUGAAAAUGUCGUUUUAUCAAAUUUGCAUAAAAGUCGUGUUAAAAAAAAAGAAUCACUGGGUGAGACAUCUCAUAAAAAAAGAUUUAGUUACGAUUUGUUUAAAGAAGAUACAUUCGAUUCCGCAAAAGGAAAGAGUAAUAUAAGUAAUAGUAAAAAUGAUUCGAAUGAUUUAGGAAGUUUAGCAAACAUGUGCAGUGAAAUAAAAGAAAUGUUUAAAGAUCCUUUCAGUAAUGAUACAGGUUGUUUUUUGAGUGAUGAGUUAAUUUCUGAUAGUAAAUUAUUUCAAGUGAUUGAUAGUUGUUCAAAAAUAAAUGAAAAUGGCAAUAAUAACAUAAAUGAUUUUAAAGAUAGUUCACCAGUAGAAUUUCAAGUUAAAAAAAAAGUUAAAGAAAACAAUAGUGAAAUAUUGACUGUAUCGGAUGUCAUGAAAUGGACCGAUCAGUCAUUUUUACCAAAAAAUAACAGUAUGAAUUUAUCGAAUGAAAUAAAACAAAAAUUAUUAGAUAAUGUUUCAAAUCAAGAAUUAGUUAAAAGUCAAACCACCGGUUGGACUCAAUUAAAUUCAAGUUUUGUGUCAAAAGUUAUCGAACAAGAUGGAGAAUACGAAGAAAUGGGACCAUUUUACGGGUUACCCUUAGCUGUAAAAAAAUUAUAUGAAGAACACAAAGAUAUUAAGGAAUUAUAUUCCUGGCAAGAAGAAUGCUUAAACCUUGAAUCUGUAAAAAACCAUCAAAAUUUAGUUUAUGCACUUCCGACGAGUGGUGGAAAAACAUUAGUAGCAGAGAUAUUAAUACUCAGAGAAAUACUUUGCUACAAAAGAAAUGUUUUAUUCAUUUUACCAUAUGUUUCAAUAGUUCAAGAAAAAGUCAAAGAUUUUUCUCAGUUUGCAAUAGAUUUGGGAUUUUUAGUUGAAGAAUAUGCAGCAGGGAAAGGAGUCAUUCCACCCAUCAAACGUAGAAGGAGAAAAUCUGUGAUAAUUGCGACAAUGGAGAAAGCUUUGGUUGUAGUGAACAGUCUCAUAGAGGCUAGAAGGCUUCAUGAGUUUGGUUUAAUUGUAGUCGAUGAACUUCAUAUGUUAGCAGAAGAAGGAAGAGGAGCCAUAUUAGAAACAUUAUUGACACAAGUUAUAUAUAACAGAGAUAAAAUUCAAAUAAUUGGUAUGACUGCAACAAUUGGAAAUUUAGAAGAAGUAGGAAAAUUUUUAAAAGCUGAAUGUUACGUUGGAAAUUUUCGACCCGUUAGUUUAAACGAAUACAUUAAAUGUGAUAGAAAAAUAUAUUCAAUAGAUUGGAAUUCGGAAAAUGGAGUUAAGGAAUGCAGGAAGUUACCUUUAUCCGCUGAAGGGACAGAUCCUGACGGGAUUUCCGAUUUAGUUCAAGAAGUUAUACCUGAUGAUUCUUGUCUGAUAUUUUGUCCUAGUAAAAAAAUUGUGAAACGUUGCUUUUUUUUGAGCAGAAUAUUACCAAGGGAUUUGAUGAAAAUUAAAGAACAGCAAAAAAAAAGUUUGUAUCGUGCUUUAGUAUCGGAAUCGAAUGAUCAAAUUUGUCCAGUUUUAAAAAAAACGUUACCGUUCGGAGUUGCGUAUCAUCAUUCGGGUUUAACUGCUGGAGAAAGAAAACUUCUGGAAGAAUCGUUUAGGGAUGGUACCCUUUCGGUUAUUUGCUGUACAUCGACAUUAGCCGUCGGAGUUAAUUUACCAGCCAAACGAGUCAUAUUAAGAUCUCCGUACGUUGGGAAAGAUUUCAUAAGUUUAAGCAGGUACAAGCAAAUGGUCGGGAGAGCCGGAAGAAGCGGUUACGGUGCCGAGGGUGAAAGUUUUCUCAUGUGUCAAAUAACGGAUUUGGAAAAGGUGAAAAGUUUAUUGAAAUCGCCGAUGGAUCAAACGACGAGUAAAAUAGAUUUGGAAAAUUGCAAAAACCUCGUGUUGUCAUCCAUCGGUUUGGGAACGGCAACCACGAGGAAAUCACUUAGGGAAUUACUCAAGUGUAGUUUACUUCACGUUCAGGCGAAUAAAUUGAAUGUUGACACGAAAAAAAUGACAGACUCGUGCAUUUCGAGUUUAUAUAAACAGGGAGCAUUAAAAAUAAAAAGCAUCGAAUUAGACGAGGAUAAGGACGUUGAAGGGAAUUCCAUUAGUAAAUUAGACUUGAAUAAUGCGACCAACACUAAAAAGUCUUUAAAAAUUUCUAACGACUCACCGUUAACGAUAAGUCGCUUGGGACGAGCUGCCAUGAAAGGGGGUUUAAGUUUAGACAAAGCUCACGAAUUGUACGGAGAUCUCGUAAAAGCUCAAUCGAGUUUGGUAUUAUUAACGAAUUUACAUCUUUUAUACCUCGUCACUCCGCCCGACAUAAUCGCACAGAUCAAACCGAAUUUUUCCGUUUAUUUUAACGUUUACAUGGAGUUGAACGCGAACGAAGUUCACACGGCAAACAUAAUCGGAGUCACUGAAUUUGCCAUGUCAAAAUUGGCGAUGGGAAUUCAUCCGAAGGCGAUACCAGAAAUCGUAAUUAAUCGUUUUUACAUAUCGCUCAUGCUUAACAAGCUUUGGAAACAACAUACGGUGUGGGAUGUUGCGUCAUUGUUUGAGUUACCCCGGGGACAAAUUCAAACUUUGAUGACGUCGGCAGCAACUUACGCAAACAGCGUACUCAGGUUUUGCGAAAAAUUGGAAAAAUUUUGGUCUUUUAAAUCUUUGCUGACGGAUUUUGCGCCGCGUUUGGCACAUUGCUGUUCAACCGAAUUACUUCCGUUAAUGGAACUUCCCGCCGUGAAAAGGGGUCGAGCUAAACAGCUUUACGAAGGUGGAUUUAAGACUUUGCAAAUAUUAGCGAAUGCCAAAGCCGGAGAUUUAGUUCGAUCGAUUGAUCACUUGUCUCUAAAGGUCGCGUCACAAAUAAUAGCAGCAGCAAAGUUGUUAUUGAUGGAAAAGGCGGAAAAUUUAAAAGAAGAAGCAGAAGACGUUUUGGAAGGAUUAGCAGAAAAGUCUGGACCGAAAGAUAUUUGA